AAAAUAAACACAGGAGGAAGAAUUUAAAUUGAAGAAAGAAGAGGAAAUCAACAAUAUUAGAAUGCAUUAUGAGAAGAAUCUUCAGACUGAAAGAACUCUUAAAACACAGGCUGUGAACAAAUUGGCUGAGAUAAUGAAUCGGAAAGAUUUUAAAAUAGACAGAAAGAAAGCUAAUGUACAAGAUUUGAGGAAAAAAGAAAAAGAAAACCGAAAGCUACAACUGGAGCUUAAUCAAGAAAAAGAGAAAUACAAUCAGAUGGUAGUGAAAUACCAGAAGGAGCUUAAUGAAAUGCAAGCGCAACUAGCAGAAGAGUCAACAUAUAGGAAUGAGCUUCAGAUGCAGCUGGAUAGUAGAGAGAGUGAUAUAGAACAAUUGCGUAGUAAACUUUUGGACCUUCAGCAAGGAAUGGACUCUACCAGUGUUGCCAGCCUCCAGCCAGAUGAAACUGAUGGAAACCUUACAGAGUCAAGAAUUGAGGGUUGGCUUUCAAUACCAAACAAAGGAAAUAUAAAACGACAUGGCUGGAAAAAGCAGUACGUUGUGGUAAGCAGUAAAAAGAUUUUGUUCUAUAAUGAUGAAAAGGACAAGGACCUGUCCAAUCCAUCCAUGGUACUAGAUAUCGAUAAACUAUUCCAUGUCCGACCUGUAACCCAAGGAGAUGUAUAUAGAGCAGAAACUGAGGAAAUCCCUAAAAUAUUCCAGAUUCUGUAUGCUAAUGAGGGUGAAUGCAGGAAAGAUGUGGAAGGAGAACCAGCACAGGCAGUGGAGAAAACAAAUUUUCUAAAUCACAAAGGUCAUGAAUUUAUUCCUACAUUAUACCACUUUCCAGCCAACUGUGAGGCCUGUGCCAAACCCCUCUGGCAUGUCUUUAAGCCGCCCCCUGCCUUGGAGUGUCGAAAGUGCCAUGUUAAGUGCCAUAAGGAUCACUUAGAUAAAAAGGAGGAAUUAAUUGCUCCAUGUAAAGUGAGUUAUGAUGUAACUUCAGCAAGAGAUAUGUUAUUGUUGGCAUCCUGUCAGGAUGAACAGAAGAAAUGGGUCACGCAUUUAGUAAAGAAGAUCCCCAAGACACCCCCAUCCAGUUUCAUUCGUGCUUCCCCUAGAACUCUGUCUACAAGAUCGUCCACAAAUCAGUCUUUCCGAAAAGUUGUUAAAAAUGCUUCUGGGAAAACUAGGUCAAAAGAUUGUGGAUCUAUGGGGGAAAGUACCCUUUCAGAAAACUCAAGUUACUGCUAACCACAUGUACAGUACUUCAUGGAGUCUCAUGGGAUGCAGUCUGAGAAACUGGGCUUCUUCAACCACACAGAGCAGUGCAGACAGGCUGUUGUUCCUUUCAACACAACUAUCACAGGCUUCAGGGUUAAGAUUGCUGUUACUCUCUCCUUCUUGCUUUGGCACAAAAAGCGCACUGAGGGUGUUUUAUUGCGGGUUUGCCUAAAGGUAGAUUAGAUUAAUUAUUACUAUGUAAUGCAAGUUAAAGCAAAUAACGCUUAGCUAGGUGUAUGAAAAAGGUGCUGCCUUUUUGGAUUUAUAAGAAAAUGCCUGUCAAUCAUGAUGAAAUGCAGUCAACUUUCCUCAUAUCAGUGAGAGAAAAGGACUGUUUGGCCUGUGGAGAGGAUAUUUAUAUCAAAAUUAGUGCACAAACUUGAGCAGAGAAGGAAGAUAUCUCAAAAUGAGAAGAACAGAAAUUUCUUUGAAGAGUCUGAGUUGUGCUCUUGAACACUGCAGAACUAGCUUAAAAAUGAAGCCGUAUACUCACUUGAACUUCAAUGCCUUCACUGCAGAGCUCUUAACAGCGUUAAUGCUAAUCACCCAUAAUAGAGUGGAUCGAAGUGUUAAAUACUUUGCAUUAUGCUUUACAAAAUACUGAUUCAGAAAGUGUGUAAAGGGAUGGGGACAACAAGCAUUUAAUCUAUGCAUUUUUGCCAAGCCAUACUGAAUUAUUUUACUGUUAGAGGCAUUAGAAACUAACUACAAAAGAACUAAGUUUGGAAGCAUAUUUCGGGGGUACAUGAUUUCUGUAAUUGUAUAACAUAUUGCCUUACCGUUUUAAGUGAUAACGUACAUUAAGUUAAUAGACAUUUAAGAAAUGUAUGCACUGUUUGAAAUAUAAAUUAUUCUUAGAACACUUUUAAUGGGUGUUGCAUUGCCCUUUUAGUGCCUUAUUUUGAGAGAAUUGUAUUAUUGCCAUGUCAAUAAGCGUAGAAAUCUCAAAAACCUAUUCUGCAUCAGUAGUUUCUACUGAACUUUAAUUGGUUUAAAGUAUUGUAGAUGCUAGAUGCAUUUCCUAAAUUGAAUACGUUUGAAUGAAAACUCCUGUUACAGAGAGAGAAUUCUUAUUCAUAAGACGAGAUUUCUAGAAAAUGCAAAAACCAUGUAGCAGAAACAACAAUGAACAGUAUGCCUGUGAAACUUUAAAAAAUCCAGAUAGUUCAGGAAUUAAAGUAUAAAUGUUGUUAAACUCUUGCUUUGUAGCAGGGAUACAUUCAUGGUAUGGACAGUAUGGUUUUAUUUUAUUUUUAUUUUUUUUAACCAAAUACCUCCUCAGUAAUUUAUAAUGGCUUUGCAGUUGUGUAUUAAAUAAGAAGCACUGGAAAACUGAUUCGUCCUCAGGACGAUUUGCAUGUUUCAAGUGGUAUUGAAAGCCGCACUGAUGGAUAUGUAAUAAUAAACAUAUCUGUUAUUAAUAU